GGGGCCGGGGAGGGGGCUCCGCCGGAUCGCACCGUCGGCGCGGCAGCGGCGGGCCCAGGCGCGGCGGCGGAGGAUGCUGCGGCCGUUGGAGCCGCCGCCACGGCGCUGAGGCGUCGCUGCUGCCGGCGCCGCAGCGGAGCGGAGCGGAGCGUAAUCAUGUUGCCCACAACUCAGAGAAGGAGUCUAGCAAGCUCAUGUUGAGGUAUAUUCUCAAGACAAGAUACAGUGACUCCUAUGCUUUUCUGGAUAACAUAAUCCAUGGAUAAAGUGGGAAAGAUGUGGAACAGUUUCAAAUACAGGUGCCAGAAUCUCUUCAAUCAUGAAGGUGGAAGCCAAAAUGAAAACGUAGUUGUGAACUCCAAUAGUUGUUCAUCUGCUAAAGAGAAAGCUAUCCAGAUAACUGAUUUGGCUAAACAGCAACCAUCCAGCAGUCCUUUGAGAGAAAACAUUUCUUUGCAAUUAGGUGUAAGUCCUUCAAAGAAUUCAGCCAGACGAAACCAAAACUGUGUCACUGAAAUUCCUCAGAUAGUUGAAAUAAGCAUUGAGAAAGAGAAUGACUCAUGUGUCACCACAGGAGCUAGACUUGCUCGAAGGGACUCUUAUUCUCGGCAUGCUCCUUGGGGUGGGAAGAAGAAACAUUCCUGCUCUACCAAAACCCAGAGCUCCUUGGAUACUGAAAAAAGAUUUGGUAGAACAAGAAGUGGUUUGCAAAGGAGAGAGAGAAGGUAUGGGGUGAGUUCUGUUCAUGAUAUGGAUACGGCAUCAAACAGGACAGUAGGUAGCCGCUCUCUGCGACAGCGUCUGCAAGAUACUGUUGGGCUAUGUUUUCCCAUGAGAACUUACAGCAAACAGUCCAAACCUCUGUUUUCUAACAAAAGAAAAAUCCAUCUCUCUGAACUAAUGCUUGAGAAAUGCCCUUUCCCUGCAGGCUCAGAUCUGGCUCAGAAGUGGCAUCUCAUUAAGCAACACACAGCUCCUGUGAGUCCACAUUCAACUUUUUUUGAUACAUUUGAUCCUUCCUUGGUUUCUACAGAAGAUGAAGAAGACAGACUCAGAGAGAGACGUAGACUUAGUAUUGAAGAAGGGGUUGACCCCCCUCCCAAUGCCCAAAUACAUACUUUUGAAGCUACAGCACAGGUUAAUCCAUUAUAUAAACUAGGACCAAAGUUAGCCCCUGGUAUGACUGAGCUGACUGGGGACAAAAAUGUGCCACCACCAGGAAGUUGUGACUCGGAAGAGGACACAACAACACUUUGUCUGCAGUCACGCAGGCAGAAGCAGCGUCAGAUGUCUGGAGAGAGCCAUGGCCAUAUCAGCAGGCAAGGGGCUUGGAAAGUGCACACUCAGAUUGAUUAUAUCCAUUGCCUUGUGCCAGAUUUGCUUCAGAUCACGGGUAACCCAUGUUACUGGGGUGUGAUGGACCGCUACGAAGCAGAAGCACUUCUGGAGGGUAAACCCGAAGGCACUUUUUUGCUCAGGGAUUCUGCGCAGGAGGACUACCUCUUCUCUGUGAGCUUCCGCCGUUAUAACCGAUCCCUACAUGCACGCAUUGAGCAGUGGAAUCACAACUUUAGCUUUGAUGCCCACGAUCCCUGUGUGUUUCACUCCUCCACUGUUACAGGGCUUCUAGAGCACUACAAAGACCCUAGCUCUUGCAUGUUCUUUGAACCGUUACUUACUGUAUCUCUGAAUAGGACUUUUCCUUUUAGUCUGCAGUAUAUCUGCCGGGCAGUAAUCUGCAGGUGCACUACAUAUGAUGGAAUUGAUGACCUUCCUUUACCUUCAAUGUUGCAAGACUUUCUAAAGGAGUAUCACUAUAAACAAAAAGUCAGGGUGCGAUGGUUGGAGCGGGAACCGAUUAAAACAAAGUAAAUGGAAUCCAGAGUCCUCAAUAAGCUUAUAGAAUAUGCUUUUUUUGUGUGUUACAGUUUAACUGCAGCAAGUGCACCAACGUCUAGCUUUUUUGCAAUAUCCUAUUUAAGCUCAGUGUUAGUAUCCUGUCAGAUGCUGCCUGCUGUUAAUUAAACUAAAUUGUGAUGCCUCUUGGAAACAAUAAGCAGACACAAUUCUGCACGUUUUUCAUUUAGGCCUAAUUAAAAUAUUUUUGCUAAUUUCUAAAUAUUUUGUUUCCCCUUUAUAGCUGUAGUAAUUGGAUGAAGAAACUAUGAGGCAUUUUCCAUGGGGCAUUCAUGCAAUGCUAAUAAAGACUUUAUUAGAGGAACGUUUUUGCUAAUAUUUGAAGUAUUAUUUUUUUAAAGUAUCUUCUCACAAACUUUCCACUAUUCAAAGUACUAAUUUAGCUCAUAAACAUAAAGUUUCCAAAUACUAGUGAAUAAAAGUAUUUUCUUCUGAAAAAUGGAAGAGCGGUUCAUUAGAAGCAGGGAUGACCUGCAGUUCAGUAAGAGUUAAUGGUGUUUUGAUGCUAACGAAUGAAUCAUGCUUUUCUCAGUGUAUAAGGUUUCCUAAUCAUGAAGACUUGAAUAUGUCUGCUCAGUACUGUAAUUCUGCUGAAAACACUUGGAGAUUUAAGUGGCAUUGUUAGCAAAAGUAAUACUGUCAUGGACAGUUUAAUACCUUCCAGUGUGAAAAAGUGGCAGAACACAGAAUUAGAUUAUUGCCAUGAAAGAAAAGUUUGCAGCAUUUUCUAAAAGAGAAACCAGUGGCCUGACUACUUGUAAUUUACAAUGGAAGAUAAUGGUGAAGAGAAAAAAAUGUUUAAUUAUUUAAAGUUUAAUAUUUUUAUGGAGAAAGUUACCAGUGGUUGAAUUAUUGUAAUCAGAAUACAAAACCUGACAUAUCUGAAAUAAAUGUCAGGUUUCAAAGGUACUGCUACACUUUAUUUGUAAAUACUUUUUCCAUUAGCGCUUUUAAAAAUGUUUUUGAAAUAAUAUGCACUGAUUAUAGUUUCAACAGAUGACUUAGAAACAAAAUUCUAAGUUCUUAUUUAAUCAGAGAUGGGACUUAAAACAGUUCUAUCUUAGACAUUUUUGCACUAAAAUUUUGUUGGAAUGCCCUAUCCCUUGUUAAUGUUUUGUACCGAUUAUGAGUGCUCCCUAGUUUCUUUACCAGCUGCUACAGUAUGUUAUAACUUACUUCUCUAUGGCAGUGACCUGUGCGAGGUAGGGAACACUUUGGCUGCAAGUACAAUAAACGUUAUUCUUGUAUGCUACACUAACCCUUCUAUUGAUGUAUUUUUCUGCUUGCUGUGCCUUGUUCUGGCUUUUUGUGCUAAUAAAGUACAGUAUGUUCAGUGUUAUACUUGUAUAUCUGCUCUGUUUUUAUAUAUUCACAUAACUUGUAACAGUUAACUGAAUUUUUAAAAGGCUUUCCUAGUACUUUUAGUAUAGUUAAUGCACAAAUACUGUGCAGUUGAAUAUUGAUUGGUGAGCACACCGUAUUCCUGUUUUAUGUUACGUUACUUGUCAGAAACCUAACAAUGUACGCAAUUGAAUAAUGUUUCUGUGGUUGCUGCAAAGCAAUGGACUUGUCUGCAGGUGUAGAGCAUUUUUAAUUUUUUCCAAUGUAAAGGAUGAAUAUUAGGAAGAGAUGUUUCAAAACAAGAUUGAUCCCCUGUAGCGGUUACUGAAAGUAUUUCAGCCAGUUAUAUAGCUGACUGGUGAGCUUAAUAUUUUGAUACUCCCCACUGAGUUAGGAAUGGUUAUUAAUUGCUGUAAUUUGUCAGUACAGCUGUGACAUUUGCUCACUUUUAGACUAUUUUUAAUAGACGCAUAUAUACAAAUUGGUCAAAUGUCCUAUUUUUACCAAAGAUUACUGUCAAUUUAUGUUGGGUAUUUUUUUAAUGGAAGAGUUAGAGUGGAGAGGUACAAUUUCUGUUCUAUCAAAUGUUUAUCCCAAAUUAUGAUAAACCAAAGUAUUUGAGAACUUCAUCUGAACCUAAGUAAUGUAUUCAUUUAUGUUGGUAAGGCUAAAAACUUUUAUGUCAACGAUGUCAUUUUUCUGGAAAUUGCAGUGCACCUGACGAAAAAUGAUUUAAAUAAUUUUGUAAUGACUGGAACAGCACUAUUUUGUAGAAGCUCGUACUGAAAGGGGUUAAUUUGGAGCACCCAGAAAGCACUUUAAAACGUAUGUUAAUAUGCUUGUGGAAAAUCUGUGACUCAUUAUGCAUUCUUUGUAGUAGCUUAUCUUCUUCCAUGUGUUGAAAUACUUCAACUGUUAAAAUGAAACUUUAUUCAGAAUAUGUAAAUACUUAUCACUAAGUUUAUGUAAGUAUGUGUACAAAUGUGCUAAGUCACUUAAGUUUUGAAUUGUGUGUGUCAUUGGAUGUGCAACCCCUGGUUUAAAAUCUGCUCUAAGCAUAGCUGCUUAAAUUAAAAAAGAAGAAAAAAAAAUCACCAGCAUGAAAUUGCACCCAAGUGUACCUUCACUGUGUCGUUCUCACUGUUCCCUCAAUUGGACUUCAGUUCCGGAUGAGUUUACUGUAUAGCUUGCUUUUAAUAUUAGUAUUUUACAGCCAACUUGCAGCCAAGCUUUGUCUCAAUAUAGGAAUCUGGUUUUGUUUACACCUGUUGCAGUUGCUUGUCAUAAACUAGCUGAUGAGAUGCUAGCUAUAACAAUAUUAACAUGGUCAGAUUGCACAUUCAUUUAACGUUUUACUAUGUGGUUAAUCUUUAGGGGGAGGGGAGAACCAUAAUUUUGGAAAGUUUGCUCUUUCAUUUUUGUAAAUAGUCUUUACAGAGAGAAUCCCUUACAACACAACACGUUUUUAUAAUUGCCUAUUCCUGGUGACUUCUUUUAAAGCUUUGCUUCACUGAAAUAUACAGAAGAAUAACAUGCUAAUGUGGUUAUGCUAAAAAUUCAAUCAAGCUUUCUUAAUUAUAGUAUGCUUGAGUGCUGACUACUAGAGUUGCAGUGCAUUUUUUAAUCAAUGAGUUCAUUUAUCUUCGGUUUUAAAGGCACUAAAACUUUGGUAAGUUGUGAAUGCAGAUAGGAAACUGCUUCCUUCUGUUUGUGGGGCAUACUUCAGCGUUCUGAUUUUCUUUAGAAAAUCUUGUAAACAUAUUCUUCAGAAGAUGUGCACAGAACUGAUCUUUUUAAACAGUAAGUUUCAAUUUAAGGUAUGCUAGCAUGAUUCAAAUUUAAUCUGAUUACAUAACAGAUAGCUAUUUGAGCCUUAAUCUUACAAAGUAUUCUUUGGAGGUGAUUCUCAUUUCUGCAGAAAUCUAUAGAAAGGGCUUACUCUGUGGGAUUAUUUUACAAGAUAUUGCAAUGGUCUUUGUAUUUGAGAAAAGCAAGAUGACAGUGCUAUGUAGGAAUUUAGAUCUUUGAAUACUCAGCAGUACUCAGUUGUGGUGUUGCACAUAAAUACAAACAUCAUAAUAGUAUAGGAAGCCAGCAGCAGCUCCAAUAUACCAAGAGAUUGAAAUUAUAACUGCAGUUUCCAUAUUACAUGUUAUCUAACAUUGAAAAAUUGUGUAAAUAGAAUAAUGUCAUGAAUACAUCGAAAUAUAGCACUUGGAAUUUA